AUAACUAGCUGGCCGAGGCGUACAAAAGCAGCAUAAGCUUAGCCAGUACCAAGUAUCUCCCACAUAUGGCAUUCUCUCUAUCCUCUUCCUCCUUCAUUCAUCCUCAGCUAAGGCAUAUUGUUUACAAGAUGAAUCUUUUUGACACUCUGUUGUUCUUUGUUAUACAUUUCGUGGACAAGCUGGGGUUAUGGCACAGAUUACCAGUACUUUUGGGACUUGCUUAUAUGGGAAUUAGAAGGCAUCUGCACCAACGUUACAAUCUCUUGCAUGUCGGAGGAAUCAAUGGUCAGAAAUAUGAGACUGAAGAGUUUUCUUAUCGAACGGCUGAUGGAAAAUGCAAUCACCCCAGUGAUGACAUUAUUGGAAGCCAAGGAACUUUUUUUGGUCGCAACAUGCUCCCAGCAAAUUCAAGAUAUGGGUUGCUGGAUCCUCAUCCAACAGUUGUGGCCAAUAAGCUUUUGGCAAGGAAUAAGUUCAUAGACAAUGGGAAGCAAUUCAACAUGAUAGCCUGCUCAUGGAUACAAUUCAUGAUUCAUGACUGGAUUGAUCAUAUGGAGGACACCCAACAGGUUGAACUUAAAGCACCCGAUAAAAUAGCAGAUGGGUGUCCAUUGAAGUCAUUCAAAUUCUACAAGACAAAGAAAGUUUCAACAGGUUCACCAUACAUGAAGACUGGAUCUCUAAACACAAGGACUCCUUGGUGGGAUGGAAGUGUAAUUUAUGGGAAUAAUGAGGAUGGGAUGAGAAAAGUUAGGGAAUUCAAAGAUGGGAGAUUAAGGAUUGCAGAAGAUAUUGGACUUCUUGAGCACGAUGAGAAAGGGAUUCCCAUCUCAGGAGAUGUCAGGAAUUGCUGGGCAGGCUUUUCUUUAUUACAAGCCUUAUUUGUCAAAGAACAUAACGCUGUCUGUGACAUGCUUAAAGAAAAUUACCCUGAUUUUGAUGAUGAAAAGCUGUAUCAACAUGCCAGAUUGGUUACUUCAGCUGUCCUUGCCAAAAUUCACACCAUUGAUUGGACUGUAGAACUCCUUAGGACUGAUACUCUCCUUGCAGGGAUGAGGAUCAACUGGUAUGGAUUUUUGGGGAAGAAAAUUAAGGAUUUAUUUGGGCACUUUGGUGGCCCAGUUCUGAGUGGAUUGGUUGGUCUUAGGCGACCAAGAGAUCAUGGAGUUCCCUAUUCACUGACCGAAGAGUUCGUGAGUGUCUACAGAAUGCAUUCACUACUGCCUGACAAACUCAUCCUGAGAGACAUCCAUUCCACAGCUUCAGAAUAUGAAUGCCCUCCAGUAGUUAAAGAGGUGCCGAUGAGGGAAAUGGCUGGAAAAGAUGGGGAGAGAAGAUUGUCAGAAGUAGGAAUGGAGCAGAUGCUGGUAUCGAUGGGUCAUCAGGCAUGUGGAGCUGUCAAAUUGUGGAACUAUCCAUCAUGGAUGAGAAACCUUGUUGCUCAUGAUAUUAAUGGAGAAGACAGGCCAGAUCAAGUUGAUAUGGCUGCUAUGGAAAUUUAUAGAGAUAGGGAGAGAGGAGUUGCUCGUUACAACGAAUUCAGAAGGAACUUACUGAUGAUUCCGAUUAGCAACUGGGAAGAUUUGACAGAUGAUGAAGAAGUUAUAGAAGCUCUUCGCGAUGUGUAUGGAAAUGAUGUCGAAAAACUAGAUUUGCUGAUAGGCUUACAUGCAGAAAAGAAAAUCAAAGGCUUUGCGAUAAGCGAGACUGCUUUCUUCAUCUUUUUACUUAUUGCCUCGAGGAGGCUAGAAGCUGAUCGUUUCUUCACCACCAAUUUCAACUCUCGAACCUACACAGAGAAAGGCCUCGAAUGGGUUAACAAGACAGAGACCCUUAAAGACGUGAUCGAUCGCCAUUUCCCUGGUAUGACAAAGAAAUGGAUGAAGUGUACGAGUGCAUUCUCAGUCUGGGAUUCAGAACCUAAUCAAACAACCUACGUUCCCCUGUAUCUAAGACCAGCCCCAUGAAAUGCUUUCUUCGAUGUGUAAAGCAAUCCCAAUGGCCUAAAGUACUCGUAGAAUCCGGCAAAGCAUGGGAAAACUUAGACUUACUGAAAAUUUAUUCUGUAUACAACGAUAAGUUUGCCAAAACAAUCUCAUGCACAUAGGAGAAAAUAAUAUGAACGCAAAAUGCAUCA